AUGGGAGGUUGUGUAGGGAAACCUAAUAAUAAAGUUAACCCACCAGCAUCUGACCAGUUCAAUAAUGAAGAACGUCAAGUCGACAGCCAAAGCAAAAUUCUGGGUUUAAAAACUACCAAACAUACUUCAACUGACAGAGCAAUUGGGAAUGAGAGAAGUUCAGUAGUCAGUGUUGUGGAGAAUCAUGACAAAAAGCUCAAAACCAUGAAAACGUGUUCAGUUGUAAACGUUCAACAUGAAGGCAGUGAACAAAGUGACAUUUCAUCCCAAGUGAAGGAAGGCUUGCCUCCGAAAGCAGUUCGCUUUGAUAUUGAUUUUAAUGAUAUGGAAAUAAAUUCUCAAUCAACACCAAGAAAAUUUCCAAGAAGAUUAAAGGUACAGAAUUUUAAAUUACUGCCAUAUUGGAAAGUUUUAAUAACGCGAGGUAUCUAGGAUUGGAAUUUCAUUUGAUAUUUUUUUCAUGUUCGUUUGAUAAGAAACUUGAAGGAAUGCCACAACUUACUGCAGAAGAACUGAGCAACAAGCAAGAACUCUCUGAACAGAACAGAGCAAAGGUAUGACGUCUCAUUCGUCUAUUUAAAACUGACGCUUGCUGCAAAACUACAAACAGCGGGCUCAACCUACACAUACACGGACGUCAGAUUGCCGAGGGCGGACCAGUGAACUCUAUAUAUAUAUAUAUCUGGAACGAUAACAUUCAGUCAUUUGAUUGUGAAAACAAUGAAGCCUCGAUACCAGUCUUUCACACGGAUUGGACGUCAGUCUCAGUCCCUCAAACGUCAGGUUUACGCGGAUCAAUGACGCGGAUUGGACGUCAGUUUCAUUCCCCCUCUGCAAACCGUUGCACGGCCAGUAUAAAUUUGAACGCAAUCACGAAAAAAAAUUUAAAACAUGGCCAACUCAAUGCAAUACAUUGUAGGAGCAAACAGUUUUGCUCCUAAAAUUUACUGCAUUGAGUUCGCUGUCGGAAAAAAGUCGAGGAAAACUUCCCCGUCUGGACAAAAGAAUCACUUUUUCAAAUAUAUUGUGUCGUACUGUCGUUCUGGAUGCACAAGGAAAGAGAUAUUCUUGCGAGAAAAUUUCAUUUCACAGGUAGGUAUUAAAAUUGACUUGCAACUGUGACUUUGCCGUUGCCAUUUUUCGCGAUUGUUUGAAUUGUUUUUUAGUUUACCAGUUUUAUAGUUUUUAGUCAAUACACUGGUACGUUAUUUUUUAAAGAAUUUAUUGUGUGAUCGGAAUUUGCCUGCCAGCAAAAUGUAAAUGAAUAUGUACGGGUGUUUGAAUAUAAAUUAGACCAUAUGGGCUUAGUAAAAAAUUAUUUUAAUAACUACGUUUCGGAGUAUAACUCCAUCUUCAGGUUUAUAAAAGUGAAUAAAGAUAUAAAAACUGUGAUAAAAACUUUCAAAACAAUUACAAAUUUUAUAUGUAAGUGAUAUUUAAUACUGUAAGAAUUAAGAAAGUUCUUGAACAGUUGAUGACGAAGACAAUGACGAAUACUUAUGUCGUGAUUUUUCUGUCGGCUUCACUUUUCGCUCGCUGUUAUCGUUCCAGAUAUAUAUAUAUAGAGUUCACUGGGGCGGACUUGUUUAAAAACUAUGUUUGUGUCAGUUUGUGGUAAUCAUGGGCGUACCGGGCGGGGGGGGGGCGGCAGCCAGUUGGGCAAUAUUCGCUUCACAGUCGGGCAAUAUUGGCUUAUUAUAAAAAUAAAUGGGACAAAUUCUGUCAAUUUUGUGGGAAAUUCUGUCAAUUUUGUGGGAAAUAUGUAUAGGUUAUUUUGAGGCAACGAGGGGAUAUGUGAUUUAUUCACCGAGGCGCGCAGCGCCGAGGUGAAUAAACACAUAUCCCCGAGGUGCCUCAAAAUAACGUACUUAUUUUUCACAAUGCGAGGUCGCGUUAAUGAGUCAGAAAAGAAAUAAUUCUCAAUGCCAUAUUGCUUUUGCGAUGUUGUUUUUUCUCAUUUUUUGUGCUGCAAAGACAUUGCAGGUGAAUAUUAGAGGGGAUUAUUAAUUGCAGGUGAAUAUUAGAGGGGAUUAUUAAACGGAAAUUGAAUAGAGUGGAAUAUUGAAUAUAUUCCCCGAUAAGAACAAAGGAAACCGAGCAGGGUGAAAAAUAAGCUAUCUAAUAGGAAUUUUUCCUCUCCCCCAUCGACAACAAUUUUGGAAAGUUUCGCCGGAAAAUUUUUUUUGACAACUCGGGCGCAAUCCGAAAAAGUCGGGCAAAUUUCUUUCCGCCCCCUAAUUUUUUCCUUCCCGUACGCCCAUGGUGGUAAUUUUCAACACAUAUGACAAAACAUAAGAUUUUUAAAGUUUUUUGCUUACUUGCACGAGCGCUUUGAUACAAAAUUCCGCCAAAAUCAGUUCUACCAAUUUUCGUAUGUCUGUGUUGACAAAAACGUCGCUCUGCAGAAUGAGCCGUUCUCGACCAAUCUCCCUUUUAGGGCCAUUACAUUUAUAACUAAAACUUUUGUCCAGUGGCGAUCUGCCAGUGCUUGUGGUUUUGUCUUCAGUUACAACGCGAUACUUUAUUGCAUACAAUGGCUUUACAACGCCAAUAGAUUAUUGCUUACAACGUGCGGAACGGGUGGCAAAAUGCAUAUAGUGGAUGCAAGGCUACUGCAGCAGCUAGUUUACUAAGUGGCCAGGUAUACUAAAGUUUAACCCAAUAAGCACCAACGUACAAUUCACCCAAUAAAAUAUCUUCAUUAACUCGCUCUACAGGAACUCAAACGAAAAACAGAGACUUUAUCAAAACAUAAUCGAGAUCUCUUUGAAGCGAGGGAACGUGAAAGAUUGAGGGAUUCACAAAUACAGGUGAGAAAAACUAAUUUCACCACUAAAAGCUCAACAGCCAAAUACUUUCAAAACCAACCAGUAUAUAUACUCAAGAAAAUACAUGCAAACAGUAAAAUUUUUGCUAAAAAGGACCGGCAUCACAUCUCACGGCUAGACUUUACCCGUCAUUUCCCAACUCAGAAGAACAAAUAUCACGGCUCACGAAAAUACCCUUUACCACCCUCAUGCAAUAAACUAAAGCCAUGCACGCUACACGAAGGGAAUAUUUGCUGCACCUUCAGCAAGUUGCAUGCAUCGUAUAAAGUUAUGUGAAACGUAUUCACAGUAAAAUUUAAAACCCGUUGAAAACUUGGCCCGCAUUUCAUUCCUACGAACUUUCCAAAAAUACGACAUAAAUAUGAAGUAUAAGAAAAAUAUUCUCUGUUGCAGCAAAAUUGCCUCGUGUAACAUUUGACAUACCCAAUUAGGACUAUCUUUAUAAUCGUAUAGAGCAUCUAUUUAUUGAUGGUCACAGCUUCGAUUCAGAUUACUGAGCCAAAGCUUAGAUUAUACAUCAAACCUAGUACAGUGCUGAAACGACAGCACUUUCGUUGUAAAACAUUAGGGUUAGGUAGAAACAACUACAGCGCUUUAGUUGCCGUCACAUACCGUCUCGUCCUUGUCACUUCGUGUUGA